GCACCAGCUACAGCUCAGGGGCGACGAUGCUUGGACAGAAGAAACGAGGAAGUCGUUUGGAUCGUUUGAAAUUCAACCAGCUUCUGCUAUGACAGCCUCCACACAAGCUUAAAGCAGCGCGAUCCUCGAAGUGAGAGUUGGGAUGAACUCGCACAGUGAGUCGAGUGAAUCGAGCCGGCGAGCGCAUUCGGAAGAGUGAUGGACGCAUCCCGAGUACCGCAGGUGACCAUCACCCCGGAUGGGGGCGGCUUCUCGCGGGAGAUGAAGCAGGAGGACUGGGAGGAAGGCGAAGCGGUGGACGGCAAGCUGUGUAGGAAGCUUUCCACCUCCUCCGUCUCCUCCACCGGCUCCUCUGCAGUGGAAUCGGAGGAUGACCUGCUUAGCGACAACGAGAAUAAAAGUAAAGGCAUCAUCACUUUGGAGCCCCUGGUUGACACUGGAGAGAGCAAGCCAUGGUGGAAGUUGAAGACCAUCGUCCAGUGGCCCUUUAGCGCUGCCCAUAGAAGAAAGCUGAACUGGGUGCAGUUGGCUGGUCAUAAAGGGAACUUCAAAGCGGCGGAUGAGGGCAGCAUUUUGAAGAAGUAUUCUGAAAAUGAGGUUCGGUGCUUUGAGAGGUUGAAAAGUGACACGCUGCUAGCGUUCGUACCCGCUUACCACGGCGUGGUGGAAAAAGACGGAGAGUCUUUCAUCCACAUGGCUGACCUGCUGGCAACCUUUGACCUUCCAAAUGUCAUGGACUGCAAGAUGGGAGUGAGAACCUACUUGGAGGAAGAACUGGUUCGAGCACGGGAGCGGCCCAAGUUGAGGGCGGACCUGUAUAAGAAGAUGGUGGAGGUGGACUGCCAAGGCCCGACCGCACAGGAACAUUCUCAAUGUGGCGUCACCAAACCUCGCUACAUGCAGUGGAGGGAAAGCCUGAGCUCCAGCAACACUAUGGGCUUCAGGAUAGACGGCAUCAAGAAAAGUGACGGGACAUGUCGGACCGAUUUCAAGAAAACCAGGUCGGAGCAAGAUGUCAUCGAAGCGUUCAAGGACUUUGUCGGCGGCAACGUCAACGUUAUAAAGUCAUACCUGAGCAGACUGACGGAGAUCCAACAGGCUUUGAAAAGAUCGGAAUUCUUCAAGCAACAUGAGGUCAUCGGCAGUUCUCUGCUUUUUAUCCACGACCACACGGGCAACGCUCAGGUGUGGCUCAUUGACUUUGGCAAGACCACCCAGUUGCCGGAGGGCCAAGUGUUGAAGCACGACGUUCCCUGGCGAGAGGGUAACAGAGAGGACGGAUACCUUUUGGGCCUUCAGAACCUCAUCGGCAUCCUGGAGGCUGUGAGCAGUGAAUGAGUCUGACUUGGACUGUGGGACAUGCAAGUAGAGGAAAGGUCAACUGGCUGAAAAUGAGCUAUGGAAGUAGAAUAUGGUUGUUUUUUUUUAUGUGGAAGUGAGCAGGUGUGCACACUGUGUGGACAAAACUAACAUCGUGUUGAAAGUACAUAUCCAAAGGGAAGAAGAAGAAAAAUUCAGAUUCAGUUGAUGUCAAUUGCCGCGGAGGAUACAGAGAAGUUGUCAGUGAGUAAACAAACUGACAGUUUCAGUUCAGCCUUCAUAACAUUAUGUAAACAUUUGCUAUUAGUUAGAAAAUGGAAAGAGAUCAUCUUCUAAUUUUUCGAAUGUAAUAGUAACUUGACAUUAUGAACAAGACCUCAGUCAGUCACAUGACCUCAACACUUUUUACAGACCUGUACAGUCUUAGCCAAAUGCUUACAUUUUGCAGCUAUAGAAUUUUUAAUGAAUAUUUUUAGAGUUCCAUUAUAUACUGAAAACUUUGAUUGGAAUGCACAGCAAGUUCUGUUGAGCCUUGUUGUUAAUAAGUUGGACACGUUUUUGAUGGAUCUAGAAAUACUUUUAAGUCAUUAGCAAAGUGAACCAACCGCAUAUACAAUUUAAAGCCGCAGUUAGUAAAAAGAGGCUGGAAAUUAUUUAGCUAGUAUGCAUGGUAACCACGUGACCGGGAGACUUAAUGUAAACAAACGUUACGUCACUCGACGUCAUUCUUCAAAGUUCAUGUGAACAUCACUACUUAUUUUAACUUCAAUUGCCCUCUCCAAAUAUUUGAACGUCACGCAGGCGCUCACUAUAAUUUACUGACAAACACGCUAGUCCAUAAAAUCCAAAUUAUUGCAGCAACCCUUCUAAUAAUUUGAUAGGUUGACAAAUACCAAAGUCUCCCAGACAUUUAAACAAUACCCGGAUGUUAUUGUGGCACUCACCCGACGAGUCUUCUGCGGUGCUGUAAUGCAAGCAAAAAAGUUUAAUGCGAAAAGUUGUUGCCUCGUGGUUCGUCCAUGAAAUGAAAAGGAGCAUGUCCCAGAUUAAACUUUUGCAACAAGCUCCAAAAUCGUGCAAGACAUUGUUCAAUGCAAUGAAGACUAAUGAGCGUUUAAAACCGUUCAAAAACACCGCUCUGUGAAGCGAAGCCCAUUCGUAACCAAUGGGGAGCAUUUUACCGGAAAUCUCCUCCCACAUUUGCGCCCAGAAAUAAGAUGGUAAUAUUUAUUAUAGUCAUAAUAAUAAUAAAAGGUAACGGAUCUAAUCCCAGAGGAAGAACCUGACAAUUUUUUUCAAAUGUAAACUAAUCUAGUCAAAUUGUUUAUUUUAUUUUAUUUCCUUCAACACAACGCCACAAUUUGACAAAUAAUUCUGAAUAUAUUCAUUUUGGCAUAUUGAAAUGGCACAGACAAAUGUAUAUGGAACUACAGCACAGAAAGAAAUUCUGUUGAUUUUUUAUCUUUUCACAGUAAAACACUAUUGUGGCAUCUUAA